GGGGAAUUGAUGAAUUAGGGUUUUUUCUGUUCUCCGUCUCCUCAGGUGAAGCCAUUUUCCAAGCCGGCCGACUCAACAAUGGUGAAGGGACGCCAAGGAGAGCGUGUCAGACUCUAUGUGAGAGGAACCAUCCUUGGAUACAAGCGUUCAAAAUCGAACCAGUAUCCAAACACAUCCCUUGUCCAGAUCGAGGGAGUCAACACCCAAGAGGAGGUGUCAUGGUACCGGGGGAAGAAGAUGGCUUACAUCUACAAGGCGAAGACAAAGAAGAACGGUAGCCACUACCGAUGCAUCUGGGGCAAAGUCACCCGCCCUCAUGGUAACAGCGGUGUGGUCCGUACCAAGUUCAAGUCGAACCUGCCCCCUAAGUCAAUGGGAGCUCGUGUCAGAGUCUUUAUGUACCCGAGCAACAUAUGAAACACAUUCUAGUUCUUGUUUUGUUGGAAGAGUUCUCAUUACUAAGACAUUUAGAUUGGGGACCUUAAGUUUUUUUCUUGUAUUGGAUUUGAAGAUUUGGUCUGACUUCUUCAUUUGAAUGAAUGUUUUGGUGUUCAUCUAAAGCAUCAUUUGUUUUGUCUCUCAUUUUCAUGUGCAAAUACAAGAAUGCAGUGUUGGCUCUA